AUGGAGACAAAUCUCAGCGCUACCCUCAACGGGUCGGCUCUAGCCGCUCCUCCUAACACCACGGGACGAUGCUUCGAAUGGUUUGCGGAAAACGGCCUGAGUGAGAACGUGACAUUCGGGACUGUGGUGAAGAUCUGCGGGAACUCUUCGGGCUGGGGUCCGUUUGCCUUUCCCGGCAGGGAAGUCUUGACGAUUUUCUCAAGUUUUCUUUGUGUCCUUCUCAACGGCCUCGUUGUCUUCGGCGUUGCUAAGUUACAGCAAAACAAACCGCUGUACUACUUGAUCGCAAAUCUUGCAGUAACCGAUAUCAUGACCAACAUUGUAGGCAAUGUCAUGCUCGAGCUUACGGAAACUGUGACGUACCGAAUGUUUAUUGUCUUUAUAGUCACGGUACUGCACUUCCCCGUGAUCCUAUCUCUGACCGGGCUGGUACUUCUGUCCGUGGACCGGUAUGUUUCCGUCCAGCACCCCAUUUUCUACCACGGCACCGUGGGCAGCGGGCACGUACUGGUGGCGGUGGCAGGAGCUUGGGUGUCCGCCGCUCUGCUCUGCUUCUCCCCGAUGAUGGGAUGGAACUGUAAAGGGACGAACACCAGCAACGAUAGGUGCUUCCUCGGCGCUGUAGAGGGGAGCUUCAUCGUGUUCAUGACGGUUCUGUGUGCGGCAGGGGUUGUCGUGGUGGUGUUCACGAACGCCCGUGUCUUCGUGACGCUCAGGCGACGGCUGAACAUAGCUGCGAACGGGAACCAUCAACAGCAUGUCGGGUGCGUCCAUAUGAACCAGCAGCACAUCAUCUCCGCACAGAAAAAGGCAAGAAGCGUUCUCGUCAUUAUAGUCGUAUUCCUUAUCACCUGGCUUCUGUUUCUGUGGUGGCAAGUGACAGUACUGGUCUCCAUCUACAAUAGCUGGGAAAGUUUGGUCAGCAUAGGCAUCAAUUUGCAGUUUCGGUUCGUGUUUCUUGUCGUCUUGUGGUUGUCUCCCAUCGUGAAUCCUCUCGUGUACGCCUUCCGAUUGCCGGCGCUGAGGAGGGUGGUGUGGAACAGUCUCAUGAACGGAGCGGUCCGUCUCUGGCGACGUCUCGUCCCGCCACAACAGGUACAUCCCGCCGCUAUACAGAUGCCAGCCGUUGAUGUUUAA